AUGACAGGACAUGCACCAGAAUCAACUUUUAAUGCAGAUGGUAGCAGAAAAAUGAUUGCAACUCAACAACAAUGUGAAGACAAGAAUCUUCCAUUAAGUUUUAGAGAUUAUUGUGCACAUUUAUUAAUUCCACUCAAUGAUUGCAGAGUUUCAACUUAUUAUGCACCAUGGAAAUGCAUGGAUGAAAAACAUGCAUACGAAGGUUGUCAAUAUGACGAAUAUUUAUAUAGAAAAAUAAAGAAAUCAGAACAAGAUGAAGCUGAAAGAAUAAAAAGGGAAGUUGUUAUUGAAAAAGAAAAUCCAAAAGAUAGACCAUAUGAAGAAAUUAAACUUUCAUAA